CGGCCCAGGCGUGGGUCCUCAGAGGGUGUGCUCUGGAAGGGUCCAGCUGCUGACCGGGCUGCUUUUCGUGGUGGGUCUCACGUCAUACCCAGAAAGCGCUGCAAGCACGUGAAGGUAGUUGGCAGUCCUCUAGCAAUGGAUAAAUUCGUCAUUCGAACGCCUAGAAUCCAAAAUAGUCCUCAGAAGAAAGAUCCUGGUGGAAAGAUUUACAAGCAGGCCACGAUUGAAUCUCUGAAGAGAGUUGUGGUUAUAGAAGACAUAAAAAGAUGGAAAACUAUGUUGGAGCUUCCUGAUCAGACCAGAGAGAAUCUCAUUGAAGCUUUACGAGAAUUAAAGAAGAAAAUACCUUCCAGGGAAGUGUUAAAAUCCACAAGGAUAGGUCACACUGUGAACAAGAUGCGUCAGCACUCAGAUCCAGAAGUGGCUUGUCUUGCCAGAGAAGUUUACACUGAGUGGAGAACUUUCAUUGAAAAACAUUUAGACAGACCUUCUAUUGAAGUGCGAAGUGACCCCAAAACUGAAACAUUCAGGAAAAAUGCCCAGAAGUUACUCUCAGAAGCCCUGGAAUUAGAGAUGGAUCACCUACUGGUUGAAAAUAUUGAGCGGGAAACGUUUCAUCUCUGUUCCCGCCUCAUUAACGGGCCAUACCGGCGGACGGUGAGAGCCCUGGUCUUCACAUUAAAGCAUCGAGCUGAAAUCCGGGCUCAGGUGAAGAACGGCUCGCUGCCAGUCGGCACGUUUGUACAGAACCACAAAAAAUGACCCGAGGAUGGGUCCAGCGCUGGGCUGGGCAGAAAGCAGAAUGGGCCUGUCUCUCUGCCAUUCAAAGACUCUUUUGAGUUUGGGUGACGGCUGCCGCUGGUGGUGCCGAGUUUUCCCCUGGCGCCGUUCCCUCAGACUGAGGAUGCGGGGAGCCCUGGGCGCCGGGCCUGCGGGAGAGGCUGCGUCAGGUGUAGCGCGCUCACGCGCCGCACAGGACAGGGCUGGCUGGCACCAGGAAGCGCGGCACGGUUGCCGUCACCCAGCCCGGUGAAAGGGUGACGGAUUUCACUGGGAGUGUGCCAAGGACACCUCUGAACUCCCCCAUGUCAGGCAGAUGAAGUGACUGCUUGAUUUCGCCACCCUGCAGGUAACUGAAACUCAAUUACCACGGCUGCUCGCUCAGUCCCGUCCCCCUGAGUUUAGACAGCUCCGGUGCCUGUCAGAACUCCCCUGUCUGUUCUCUUUGCUCUACCCCAGGGGUGAGCCUGCUGGAGCCAGCCAACUACCCCUUCUUUCCAGAACUCACUUAUCUGAACAUUGCAGCUCUCCCUGGAAGACCUUCUGCAGUGGUCUCCGGAGCCCCCAUGCUGAGGCUUCUAAUGAGGAGCUGGCCUGAAGCCUCCCCACACCUUGAGGUUUAUUUGAAUACGCUGGCUCUUGGUUUAGGGCUCUGUAGAAGAUACAUGAUGAAAUUUCUCUUGAACUGAAUUACCAUAGUAGAAAAACAAUUAUGUCUAUAUUCUAAAAUGAAAUGCCACUUGUAGGCCUGCUUGAACAAUUACGUAAAUGGUAUUUGCUCUUUUAAAGUAAUAAUAAACUGGGACUUUUUUUUUUCCUAAAAC